AUGGAAAGAAGCUUCAAAUGGAAGCCUGCCAGUGUAGCCAUGAAAACUGCCCCCCUAGCGAGGGGUGCCUACUUCAUCGGACUGAGCAGGGGAGGGGGCAAAGUGCAGCUGUUGUAUACGGGGUCAACUCAUACCCAGAGCAACCUCAGAUCUACAAUUCGACAGGUGUUCACGGGUGGCUCGAUUGACAACUGGGACGAGCGACUGGGUUGUUUCCUGAUGGGGGCAUCCAAAAGACACCUCUUGGUAGACUGGGUCGUCCUCAAGUUCCCUCAAGACACCAUAGGCGACUACGUCCUACAAUGCGCCAAAAUUAAUAGCUAUGCGCUGCAUUGUCCGAGUAGCUGCUGGUGCGGCACCAACAGUGCAGCCAAAAAUGAGCGCACAGAAGCUGCUCUGUUCGACAUGUGA